AUGUAUUCUUCAUGAACCAUCUCCAAGAGGUCGUAUGGCGGCCCUAAAUGUUUUAUUAGCGUUGUUAACCAGUUCGAAAAUGUAUUUGUCUCAAGCUGAAAUGAGCGAUAAAUAUUCGGCAUUUACCCCGUUUUCUGUAAUGUUGGGGGAAACUAUUUAUGAAUUACACAAAUGCCUGUGCCUGGCCCUAAACGAGAAUUCAGUACAGGUUCUUAUACAAUGCCUUAAGUGUCUUUCAGUCCUUAUUCAAAGCACCCCUUACAAUAGACUUAAGCCUGGACUUUUAAGCAAAGUCAUACGUAACGUUAAAGUGUUCAUCAAGCACAAAGAUGCUACAGUGCAAGUUGCAAGUUUGAUCGUUUUGGGGUGUGCUCUUGCGUCUGAACCAGUAGUUCCAGAAACGAAACAGGCUUUUCUCAAACAGACGUUUAAAUAUUCGGUCAAACAGCCGAAAACAGAUAAAAGUCAAAAACAAGAGAAAGAAACUUAUUCAGAUGAUGAUUUUGAAUAUGUCAACUUUUCUUCUGAUGAAGAGAGUUGUGUAAUAGGAAAAGAUUUGGAGUGUUCCGGGUGUAAAAAAGACAUUUCUUGGUUGCUACAAGUGUGCCUCAACAAUUUAGGAAUUAAUGGUGAAGAAAGUCAACAGGCUGUUGCUGUUCCAGUAAAAUUGGAAUCACUUCAAGUAAUUUCGUCCAUGACACGAAAUUAUUUUCAGUCUCUAAUGGCGCCCCAUUUCAGUUUGAUUACCGAGGCUUUGGUAGCAUCUUUGAACGACAAAAGUCAAGGAAUUCAUAUACACCUACAUGCAGGCAGAACUGUCGAUUUUAUUGGACAAAGAAUGUCGUCAUACUUUAAUAGCAAAGGUCAUACCUUAUAA